AGACUAAAAAAACGAAGGCAGGCGGAGCUCGUGACGACAACGGGUUUCUGUAAUAAGCGUUUGUUUUUUUUUGCGCGAAACGCAGUUGCUUUAUUUGUUUUGGUGACUGACUCCUUCGCCUCACCCGCAGCUGUCGGUGAAUAUGGCGCUUGUUUGGGGGAAUAUACUCGUACUUGUGUUCGCGCACUUUGUCGCGUCUCAGGCGCUUUCCCCUCAAUGUGGGAAACCGAGAAAAUAUCCAGACAAGCACCUGUCAAAAACCUAUAUGCAAAGAGUACAGUUCAAUCAAGGAAAUAUAGUGAAGUAUGCCUGUCCCUUGGGCUACACACUUUCAGAAGGAAGCCCCUUAUCAAAGUGUGUGGAAGGAAAAUGGACAGACUUGGACAUGAAAUGCAAAAAGAAGAAGUGCAAUGCCUUGGCUGACAUCGAGAAUGGGCGAUACAAUCAAGAAGGGCAAUUUUUCGGCGAUAAAGCCUUUGCUGUGUGUAAAGAAGGAUAUGUUUUGAAAGGAGAAAGAGUCCGCGUGUGCACGGAAAAAGGUUGGGGUGGGGAGAGCCCCAUCUGCGACGUGUCAAAGAUCAUCUGUUCGGCACCUGUUGUGGCAAACAGACAGAUGCAUUUUGGAGAAAGGACACAGUACGCACCUGAAGAUACUGUAAACAUCGUCUGCAGUGAGGGAUUUGAGAUGAUUGGCUCGCCACAGGUCACGUGUGGACCGGACGGACAAUGGCAGGCCUUGCCUGAGUGCUCGAAAGUGAUCACAUGUUCGGCACCUGCUGUGGCAAACGGGGGGAUAAGACUUGGAUCUGGGGUGUACAGACACACAGACACAGUGGACGUCACCUGCAGUGAGGGAUUUGAGCUGAUUGGCCGAGAACAGGUCACUGGAGCAGAUGGCCAAUGGCAAGGCUUGCCUGAGUGUCGCCCAAAAGGAUUUCAGUUGUACUUUUCUUUAGCCUUGAUCACAUGUUCGGCACCUUCUGUGGCAAACGGGGGGAUAAGACUUGGAUCUGGGGUGUACAGACACACAGACACAGUGGACGUCACCUGCAGUGAGGGAUUUGAGCUGAUUGGCCGAGAACAGGUCACGUGUGGAGCAGACGGCCAAUGGCAGGCCUUGCCUGAGUGUCGCCCGAAAAGGAUUUCAGGGAAUUGUGGUCCAGCUCCAUCGCACCCUAACGCUUUCCCCAGCUACUGCAGAGAGUAUCUGUCGAUGUGCAGUGUAGGGUACAGCCGGAGGAGAGAUAAGAGAGAAUGUCUGAAGCGGUCUUUUUUCCCCUCCAUACACUUUGAUGAAAUAACACUGCAGGUCGUGAUGUGUUGGAGCAAUCUAACACUUAGUUUUUCAUCAAAAGGGAAGAAAUGUGGAUCCGCUGGAGAGCUUUCCUACGGCCAGUUCAAGUACACGGGCGUUUCUUUUGGAGAUUCAGCUACGGCCGUCUGUGAGGAUGGGUAUGAGCUGAUAGGCUCUGAGGUGCGGACGUGCAGAGAUGGAGGCUGGGACGGAAGGAACCCCGUGUGUGAACCCGUGCACUGUCCUCCGCCUCCAGAGGUCAAGGACGCGGACCUCUAUGAACCCGUCUACGACCACGUUCCCUUCGGUCAUGUGUUGACCUAUCAGUGCCGUACUGGGGCUCUGAUUGGUCAAAAAGAGAUUUACUGCACCAAGAGCGGCACCUGGAGCGCUCCUCCUCCUCAGUGCAAAGAUAUUUUCUGUCUUACCCCACGUGUGCCGGGUGGAUCCAGAAUGAGGGGCCUUAGGGCGCUCUACAAACACAGGAACACCGUGACAAUCGCCUGCAAUCCUGGUCUAAGGCUCAUUGGAGAGAGUUUUGUCACCUGUGGCCUAGAUGGGAAAUGGAAUCCCAAACUCCCGAGAUGCGUGUAGAAAUCUGCACACGGAGCGAUGAAACAAACACGUAUUAAAGAAAGUAACAAUACAGCUGGCUGUCUCAAAGUCAUAAUGAAGCUUAUUUCUUUUCACUUUAUUUCAUUCAGAUGAGCAGAACGCUAUUUAGUAUUUACCCAGACUAUUUAUUGUUGCGAAAGUAGAACUUUUCUUUUUAAUUUUUAUAUAUAUAUAUAUAUAUAUAUAU